AUGCCGUCGCUACUUCUGCAAAACGCAACAAUCCUAGUCCCCACCGGCGACAAGAAUGACUAUGUCGUUCCUCUGCGCAACCACUCCUUGCUCAUCGAGGGGAAGAAGAUCGCGCAGAUUGCACCAGACAUCAAACCACCUUCGCAAUCGACUCAGAUCAUCGACUGUACCGGGAAGAUCAUCUCCCCCGGCUUCAUCGACACGCACCACCAUCUCUGGCAGACUCAACUGAAGGGCCGCCAUGCCGAUCACACACUGAUCGAGUAUAUGCCAACGGGAAACCUGCAGCAGGUCAACUACACAGCGGAGGAUAUCUUCUGGGGUCAGCUCGGGGGCUGCCUCGAGGCCUUGGAUGCGGGCACCACCACCGUGGUCGACCAUGCGCAUAUGAAUGUCACUCCGGUGCACUCAUCGAAUGGUCUCGCGGCCACCGUCUCCUCAGGCAUCCGCUCCAUCUUCUGCUACACCCCCACCGCGACGGUCAAGACCUGGAAGCCCGAAAUCGAGAUGAACACCAACAUGCUCGAUGACUGGGUCGUCGAGCAGCUUGAGGAGCUGGCGACAGCUGCCCCCUUCGGCGACGGUCGCGUACACAUAGGUCUUGCUUUCGACGGGCUCUUUCUACCGAAAGAGGUGGUCGUCGCGUUGUAUGACCGAGCCCGCAAAGCUGGCGUCAAAACAAUCACCACCCAUUAUGUGGGUCAAUAUCUCAGUAAGCCCGACCUUGGACUUUCGUACAUGACAGGUACUGACGAAGCAGGCGACCAAUCGCUAAUUGACACCCUCGACGACUAUGGUCUCCUGGGCCCCGACAUCCUCCUCUCGCACGGCAACAAUCUUACACCCAGCGACAUCGACAAACUCGCCAAAGCAAAAUCCUGGAUCUCCGCCACCCCUGACACAGAGAUGCAGAUGGGCCACGGAAACCCCGUCUGCUUCCAAGACGGCUGCACAAACCUCUGCGCGCUCGGCAUCGACUGCCACAGUAACAACUCGGGCGACAUUGUCACGCAGAUGCGACUCGCGUUGCAGAGCGAGCGCGCCCGCCGGAACGAGAAGCUCCUCGCGCAGGGUAAACAUAUGCGGUCGCUGGACGUGUCGGUUCAGGAUGUCUUCCGGCUCGGGACGAUCCAAGGCGCCCGCGCGAUCGGCAUGGGAGAUCAGCUUGGCUCGAUCGAAGUCGGUAAGCUUGCUGAUCUCGUUAUCUUCGAGGGUGACAGCCCGGCGAUGAUCUGCGCUGCGGAAAAACAUCCCAUAGCCGCCAUCGUGCUCCACUCGUCUGUGCGUGAUGUGGAUACUGUUAUUGUGGAUGGGCAGAUUCGCAAGCGCGCAGGACGGUUGGUGCCUGUGGAUAUUGAUUCCUCGUUCCCAGACGUAAGCAUCGCAAAGAAGAGCGUGGAAUGGAAGGACGUGGCGAGGGAAUUGAUGGACAGUCAGGAAAGGAUCGAAGUUGCGGGGAUGCAAGCUGGGGCUAUGGGCGAUCGGUUGACGGAGGCGAUGAAAUUAUUUCAUAUCGACUCCAGCAAGUUUGUGUGA